UUCGUUCGGUGGGAACUGAACUGGCAGCACGUAUCUGUGAGUUUUUCUUCCUUCAUUUUAUCGAGCGUAACCGACACAUAUUUUGUUCACACACACUCUCUUUCUCUCUGUCGUUUCGAAAACCGAUGUGCAUGUGAGAGAAUAAUUUCAAACACAAAGUUUUCGUCGUGGGAAUUCGUCAUUAAUAAGAAUUAAAUACUUUGAAAUUAUAUAGAUUUGAGUAAAAUACUCAGGGCUAUAAUCUCAUUAAAGAUAACUUUUCGACUCGAAUCAAGACCAGUGUUUGUACCAGUAAAUCACACAGAGACACACACGCACACUGUGCUUGUUGAAUGGAAUAACAUUUAUAGCAAAGAAUAGAUUGUGAAGUGAAGCAACAGCAGUAGCAGUAGCAGUAACCACAGGAUUUUCGUAAGAGAGUACAUUUGGCAAAUAGUAAGUUUUCCGGAGAAAUUAAAUCAUCAAAACUACAAACUACGAGCAAUUGGACAAAAGUGCAUUCGAGUCUGGACUGAAAUCGGAAACCAAAAACACAUUAACCACAACCAUUUCAUUUGGAAUAAAUAUCGGUAUCCGGUUUACUCUAUUCGAAUAAAGUGUGGUUUUAAUUUGUGUUUCGAUUUAGAUGUGUGUUUGUGUACAGAGACCAUAAGAUUCAGCGUGCGAUUUUGGCAAAAGUGUUUUGAAAAAGCGACGAUUUGUGGUUAAAAAAAUUGUGUGCCAAAAGAGAGCAUAAGAAAAUAAGUGCAUAUAUCAAAGUAAAACGAAAGCGAAAAAAACCCAACUAAACGAAAAGUGUUUUCUCGCUUGUGUCCAGCUGAUUUUAUAGAUUACACGUACUCGGUGGAACAGCGUUUAAAGUUAAAUGAUACAAAAGCAUCAGCGAAUGAGAUAAACGGGACACGAGCACACUUAAAACGAAAUAAAAAAAUACGACACGGAAAGAAGAUUCUUCACACACACACACACUUGUUUUGUGCUAGAAAAAUGAGCGGCGAAAAAGAAGAAACAGUGAUUGAAUUGAACGUUGGAGGUGUGCAUUACACAACCACACGUCGUACAUUAACAAGUGAUAAAAGUUCUCGUCUUGGUGAAUGGUUUGAUGCGAAUAAUACAUCAUCAUCAACAUCGUCAGCGCUUGUAAAGGAUGCAAAAGGUCGAUAUUUUUUAGAUCGUGACGGUGUACUUUUCCGUUUUAUUUUGGAUUUUCUUCGAGACGAUGCGAUUCAUUUGCCAGACGGGUUUCGAGAGAAGCAACGUUUACUCAAAGAAGCUGAAUACUUGAAAUUGAACGGUUUGAUAAAAUGUUUACAAGCGCUAAGUGAUAAUCAUUCGGCAGCUGGUUGUAUUACAGUUGGAUAUAGAGGCUCGUUUCAAUUUGGCAAAGACGGUUUAGCCGAUGUUAAAUUCAGAAAAUUGUCACGCAUUUUGGUGUGCGGCCGAGUUGUAUUGUGCCGUGAAGUUUUUGGUGACACAUUGAAUGAGUCCAGAGACCCCGAUCACGGUGGUCCCGAUCGUUACACGUCACGUUUCUUUUUGAAGCACUCGUUUUUGGAACAGGCAUUUGACAUGUUAAACGAAAAAGGUUUUCGACUAUCGGCAAGCUGUGGAAGUGGCACAGCUGGAGCUGUUGAAGCAGCACUUAAACCAGGCGUCGAUGUUGAGGAGAAUCGAUGGAAUCAUUACAAUGAGUUUGUCUUUUUGAGAGAUUAAAUGAAUAAUGUCACACAAAAACAGCGUGGAAAUUCCAAUUAAAAAAACAAAAACAGAAAAAAUCAGUAGAAUAGAUUAUAUUAAGAAAAUACUAAUUUUAGUAUUAAUACUAGACAAAUCUCUUACUCGAAUUUUCUCUCUCCAAAACAAAAACAACAACAACAACAACAAAUUCAAUAAUAUGCAUUCAAACAUGGAAAAUAUCCAUUGUCACACAUUUACAAACAAAUUUCUUUUAUUUAUUUAAUUCUAUUGUCAUCAAAAACAACGGAAAAUGUCCAUACAGAAGCUCAACAUGUUGUGCUACAAGCGUGGGCAAAAAGUCAAAUUCAUUAAAGCAUCAAAAAUCGCAUGAUCCAAAUGAAAAACUUGUUCAAAUAGCUGCGAAAUGAAAUGUCAUUAAUUUGAAUGUGACACAAAGAGGCCCCUCAAUUAAACAAAUAUUAAUAACGACAGCAAUAGUUUUAAUGCAGACUGUGAGUGAGCGAGUGAGCGAGCGAAUAAUUUAUUUUCAAUCUCAUUUUAAAUCGAUUUGCAGUGUGAAAUAUCUGCUUAUUUAAUUGGUCGUAUUCGGUUUCAAUGGAACCAUACGCCAAAUAAAUAUAAACCAUAGUCAUGGAAAUUAUACACAUCGAAAAACGAUGACAUAGCACAAUGGCACGCGAUGAAAUAAUAUAUUUUCGAGUAUUGAAUCGAAGUAGAAAAAAAGCUUCACAUUUUUAUGCUAUUGGCAUAUACUUUUAUUUGGCCUGUUGCUGUGUGCACAGCGUACACACUACAAUCUAUAAAAAAGGAAAUAUAUUUUCUUUGUUGAAGAAAAAAAAAAUUGUUUGGUCAUAAAAAAAUCUUCUUUGUUGCUUCAAACGUUUCUUUUUUUUUCUCAUCUCUCGUCUAUUCGCCACCGUAUUGUUUGUUAUUAUGAAUGGCAGGAGUUUCAACUCUGAAAGCAUCUUUAUGAUUUUCAAGUACGGAUUUUUUUUUCAUACUCUUUCUGCAACACUUUUUUUUUCCUUCUUUUUUCACUCUUGACUUUCAUUUCUUCUUCCCAAUUUCACUUGAUUUGGCGUGCUCUUCUUAGUUUUUUUUUUCCUUCUUAACUGAUCAAAUUGUGGAAAUGAUUUGCGAUGGAUAUAAUACAUAUGGUUUUGCUCACAGAGACGAUGCAAUGGAAAUCACAAUGGCAAAGUGUCUCACAACUCACGUAAUUGAAACUCAAAUAAAAGGGCAAUUUAGUGUGUGAAUAGAGAGAAAAUGGACGAUAGGAGGUAAUACAUUCCAAAAACCGGAGUUCAAAAGUCGUAUAACUUAUAGCAUUUGUGUGCGUAUAUGCGGCACUCGCUCGUUCGCUUACGAACUAUUUCCAAUCCAUUGAAUUGUUGAUUUUGCUAAAAAAUAAAUUGAAAUUCGGCCAAUCGCAUCGCAUUACAUACACAGUUUUCCCAUCGAUAAAACAUUACAUUAUUUAUAGUCCAAGGCAAUUGGUUCGAUGAAUUACAAAUGACUUUUUAAUGGAAUUGUGUAGGUUAAAAAAUUCAAUAGAGCCAUUUGAAAAAAAAACUCAGCAUAUAUAAAUACACUUCAGUCAAAUAAAUCAUAAACUUUUAUCUCGGAAGUCGAACACUUAACUUCAUUUAAUUAUGUGCUUUUUUUUAGUUAAGCGUAUUUCCAGCAUAAAAGCCAUUGAAUCGAAAAUGCAUUUUCGUGGAGGUUUUUUAUAUAGAUGAAUUCGAUAUGAUUUAUUCAGUUACUUAUUAUUUUGUUUUUUCUCGGUGGAUCUGAAAUUGCAUUUGAAAUGUUUUUGCGGUGAACACUAGUGAGCUAAUUUUCAAUGCUUUUUUGCUUGUUUCAAUCAUUUUUUGCGUUGUCGCAACAGACAUUUCGAUCCGUUGUUACAACGUCAUAUCAUAAAAUUCAACUUUAUGAAGGAGAAGGGAAAUUGUGUGUACUGUCAAGUCAAAGUUAAGCGAUUAAUUCUGUGUGCAGAGAAUUUAAAAUUGCAUGGCAACAAAAAAAUAUGACGAUCUCUAGUAUUUUUAGUCUCUUGACUCGAAUUGUCUUGAGGGAAAACUAAAAAUUUUCAUGACAUUUUCGCUAUUGUUUCGCUGGAAAAACGGUUGCAGCAUCAACAACAGAAAUUUAUAAAGAAUUUCAUAAGUGCGCCCUCAUUGAAUGAAUGAAUCAUGCAAUAGCAUCAUGCACAAAAAUAUUUUUCUUUUUAAGUAAAAACACAGUAGUUUAUAUUUUCUCUGGCAUUUUUAUCGGGUGCAAUAUCAAAAUAUAUUAUCUGUUUAUUUGAAAACUCAAUCAAACUUUUCGUUCUAUUAGACGUUCCUUUUUUGAAAACUGAAAGACCGCUGAAAUUAAACGACAGAAAAUUUAUGAAUGCAAACCAUGCAGAAACUUCCGAUAACAAGAUUUUAACAUCGUUUUUAUUUUUUCGUUGGAUAGAAAAUCUAAUACAUUGGAACAACAUGUCGUUGUCACCUCAAAAACAACUCAAAACUGGUUCAAUUUGAUUAUCACGUAUAUGGGCCAAAAGCAAAUUUUCACCACCCACACACACACACGCGCGCAAAACACCAACCUAUCAAUUUUAUCAUGCAGCGAGUGUAUUGGCGGAAAAUUGGGUGAAAAUAUCGGGGUAAAUACAUGUAUGCCAAUUAUCAUGUUGCAUGGUAGAUGCUGUUUUUGAUGUGACAACCACAGAAACAAUAUAUAAAAAACAACAUAAAUGUGAUAAUUUAGUGAAAAAUUUAAAUUUUGAGUUCACCCAUCAAUGGGCUAGUGAAAAUUUACUUGAAGAAGCAAACAAGAAAACUAUUACAAAUUAUAUAAAAGAGAUAGAUAAAAAUUCAGCAUAAAAUGCUUAAUGGAUUGAUUAAAUUAAAACAAAAAACUAUUAUUACCAUUAUUAUUGUACAUGAAAUUAUCCGAUAUUUAUAAGAUACACAAAUACACAAAACUAUCCUGCAAGUACAUUUUGGAGAUGAUAAAAUUGAGGCGAAAUGAAUAAAAACUUUAA